AUGUUACGUCAAUUAUCGCGAGCCGCCGAUUUACCGGUUGUGUUAAGACAAUUGCAAAAAGUAGGUCUUCGUUGUAAAGGCAAACAACUAUCUAACUUUGUGUGUGUUGUAUCCUCAUUCUACUCUACUAACUCUUCUCAAUUAAGUGGUGCUCUACUAGCCAGAGCAAAUAAAUCAUUUAAAUGUGGACGCCUUAAUUCAAGCUCAUUUUUUGGUUUAUUCCAGAGCACAGCGCAUAAUGGUGCUGCCGCUCCUGCUCAGCAAACAAAUAAUUAUGCCACUGAGGCUACGAUACAAAUACAACGUCCUUUCAAGUUACAUCGGUUGGAUCAGGGGCCAGAAACUAGUGUGAAACUAACGAAAGAAGAAGCGUUGCUGUACUAUACUCAAAUGCAGGUUGUACGACGAAUUGAGACAUCAGCCGGCAAUUUGUACAAAGAAAAGAUUAUACGAGGCUUUUGUCAUUUGUAUUCAGGGCAGGAAGCAUGCGCUGUGGGCAUGAAAGCAGCCAUGACUGAUGUGGACAAUAUUAUAUCUGCUUACCGUGUUCAUGGAUGGACUUAUUUGAUGGGUGUAUCACCUCUUAGUGUGUUGGCGGAAUUGACUGGACGUCAGAAAGGUUGCUCUCUUGGCAAAGGGGGCUCAAUGCACAUGUACGGUCGAAACUUUUAUGGUGGUAAUGGUAUUGUCGGGGCUCAGGUCCCUUUGGGGGCUGGUGUGGCACUUGCCUGCCAAUAUAAGGGAAACGGCGGCAUGUGUUAUGCUUUGUACGGCGAUGGUGCCUCUAAUCAAGGCCAAGUCUUUGAAGCCUAUAAUAUGGCUUACCUGUGGCGUUUGCCCGUGAUUUUUGUCUGUGAAAAUAAUAAUUAUGGUAUGGGUACAAGUGCUGAACGUUCGUCAUGUAAUACCGAUUAUUACACGCGCGGCGAUGUUGUACCUGGUAUUUGGGUCGAUGGCAUGGAUGUGUUGGCCGUGCGUAGUGCCUCCUUAUUUGCUCGUGAAUAUGCAACAAAAAAAGGCCCCAUUGUUUUGGAAACAAAUACUUAUCGUUAUUCUGGUCAUUCAAUGUCGGAUCCAGGUACGAGCUAUCGUACCCGUGAAGAGAUACAAGAAGUGAGAUCAAAACGUGAUCCAAUAUCAUCUUUUAAAGAACUUUGUAUAGAACAUGGCUUAAUAUCCGCCGAUGAAAUUAAGGUUAUUGACAAUAAAGUGCGUAAAGAAGUUGACGAAGCUACGGCACAAGCUAAAGCCGAUGCUGAAUUGCCUCUGCAAGGUUUAUGGACCGAUGUUUAUGCGAAUUGUUUAGAACCAAAAAUACGUGGUGCUAUUGAUUACGACAUCGAUCAUAUACAACAAAAUAAAGGCAUUAAUCACUAGACAAUAAUUCCUGCUCACUUUCUUUGCUAAUAAAAGCUUUUUUAAUUCAUGUUUUCUAUGGCUUCUGUAUAGAUAAAUUUCUACCUUUGUUAAUGUUAACUUAUUAAAAUGUAAUUGGCCAACAUAUACGCGAAACAUAUUGGAAGUAAUUAAUGCGACCAUAUGUUAAGUAAUUAAAGUUUUGAAUGUGUUUAGGAAAUUAAAGGAAGAAUUUGUAAAAAAAAAAAAAGAAAAAAGAAAAAAU